AUGGUGGAGGACGUGUCAGAUGAUUCAGGGCUGCCUCUGGACCUGGUGUCUCUGGGUCCUCUGGAAGAGGAAGAGGAGGAAGGUUUUUCUCUGGGGGAGCCUAUGGACUGCAGCAGUGUGACCCAGGUCCUGUGUGUGGAGGGCUCCCCUUUCUGCGCUCUGCGCUCGCGGGUCAGAGCGACCCAGGCCCUGUGUUUCCAGGGCUCUCGCUCUGCGCUGGCGGGGCUGGCCCUCUGCGCUCUGCGAGUCCGAGCGACCCUGUCAGCCACUGGCGAGGCGUGUGCCGUGGAGCCCGUCCGGCCGGCCCUACGUAGAGAGGAUACUAAUAUUGUCAUCGGCGCCCAGACUCCGGGCCCCACGGCCUAUGCCGCGACACAGGCCCGCGACAUCGCGUCCGCCUUCCACCUGUUUGUCACACCGGCAAUAGAAAGGAUAAUUGUGGAAAUGACGAACCUGCACGGAGCCAGAAAAUACGGCGACGGCUGGCGACCCAUGGACGCCACGGACCUGCACGCCUACCUAGGGCUGCUGAUCCUAGCGGGCGUCUACAGGUCCCGGGGCGAGGCCGCGGCAAGCCUGUGGGACGCCGAGAGCGGCAGGACCGUGUUCCGAGCCACCAUGUCGCUCAAGGUCUUUCACAGGUACUCGAGGCUGCUGCGAUUCGACGACCGCCAGUCGAGACCCGCCAGACUCGCCACGGACAAACUCGCAGCCAUACGGGAGGUCUGGGACCUGUGGGAGGCGCGGCUGCCGGCCCUCUACAACCCGGGGCCUGACGUGACGGUGGACGAGCAACUGGUCCCGUUCAGAGGCCGCUGUCCUUUCCGUCAGUACAUCCCCAGCAAGCCGGCCAAAUACGGCAUCAAGUCGUGGGUGGCCUGCGACGCCAAGUCCAGCUACGCUUGGAAGAUGCAAGUGUACACCGGCAAGGCGGCCGGCGGAGGCCCCGAGAAGAACCAGGGGAUGCGCGUCGUCCUCGAUCUGACAACGGGCCUGAGCGGUCGCAACGUCACCUGCGACAACUUCUUCACCUCCUACGACCUGGGCCAGCGGCUCCUCGAGAGGAACCUCACCAUGGUGGGCACGGUGAGAAAGAACAAGGCCGAGCUCCCGCCCGCGCUGCUCGAGUCCAGGGGCAGACAGGUCCUGUCCUCCAGGUUCGCCUUCACGCCCACCGCCACUCUGGUGUCUUACCUGGCAAAGAGAAACAAGAACGUGCUACUCUUGAGCACGCUGCACACAGAGGGCCACAUCAGCGAUCGUCGCGACAAGAAGCCGGCCCUCAUCCUAGACUACAACUGCAACAAGGGCGGCGUGGACAACCUAGACAAGGUGGUGGGCACCUACAGCUGCAGACGGAUGACUGCCCGCUGGCCCCUGGUCGUCUUCCACAACAUCCUCGACGUGUCCUCCUACAACGCCUUUGUCAUAUGGCGAGAGAUCAAGCCUGACUGGAUGCCUGGCAAGCGGAACAAGCGCAGGGUGUUCCUCGAGCAGCUGGGAAAGGCACUCGUGAAGCCGCUGAUCCAAAGAAGGCAGCAUCUGCCCCGCACCGAGCGGCGUCAGCCCUUGUCAAAGUCCUACAGAGUGCUACGGCGGCGCCUCCUGAUCAACAGCGCCAGGGCCCCGCCGCUGGCACGGCCGCUGCCCGCUCGUUGCCCGGCCACCACCGGGGCAAGUAAGAGGAAGAGGUGUCAGCUCUGCCCACCCAAGAAGGACUCCAAGACACACACGGACUUUGGACUAGACGUGGAGAACCUGGUCGGUGACUGUCCCACACCAUUCCUCAACCUUGCAGUCUUCUGCUGCAACAUGAAUUCAAAGCUACGUCUCUCCUUCUCUGAGAUAGUGGUCUUGCUGGAGGGAUGGAGAGAGGAGAGGAAGAAGCCCAUCCCUCUGGGUGAUUAUCUCUCCGCAGAACCCACCACUGUCCAGAUCAGCCCUUACCGACGUCAGAGUUCCCCGUCGCCCUGGCGACCAGCGGUUGUCACGGAGCCAGACCUGAACGGGGGCCACAUCAAGCUCUACAACACCCCCAGCAAGUCUGUCAUCUCCUGA